AUGAAAAAGGGCGUUAUAAGUAGUAGAGGACAAAAUGAAAAGAAAUUAUUAUUAAAAGAUGAUAGUAAUAUACCACAUUUUGAAUUUCCAAGUAAAGGUGCAUUAUUCAACAAUUUAGUAAUAGAAAAUUUUAAGAACAUAAAUGAUAUUAAUAAAUAUUUUAGGGAGUCUAAUAAUUUAGAAGAAAGAUCAAAGGACAGAAGCAAUGGCAAUGAUCACUGCACUGAUCAUUGCAACGGGGGUGACCAUCACUACAACAACAAUGAUGACGUGUUCAUAGUGAGCUGUAACAAUGUACGAGAUGGAUGUAAAAAGAAAAAACGAAUAAACGGCAUAGAUAUCAUACGUUCAGAGAAGACUAAGUCAAAACAUUAUAUUAAGGAUAAAAGUAAUAUUAAAAAAAAAAGAAAAGGAGAUAUGGAUAAUAACCUGUACAAGGAUAGGAAAAAAAAAGCAAGUUAUGGAGAAAAGAAAAAUCGAAACAACACAAGAACAUUACAUUUAACUAACAAUAUGAAAAAGAAGAAUCACAAAAAAGUAAUACAAAAAUUGCAAAAAAAAAAAAAAAAAAGGAAUGUAAAAAGUAGUAAAACAAAAAUGAACCUAAAAAAAAAAAAUAAAAUAUACUAUUCGAAGAGCAGUAGUAAUGAUGAUGAAUUUAACACGAACAAACACAUUUUAGCAAAAAUUUAUGUAUCUCUCAAACAAAAUGAAAACUCAGUGGAACAGAUUAAUAAUAGCUUUUAUAUUGAAUACGAGGACAAUAACGAUAUAUACACUGAGGAUUAUUCGAAGGAAUCGCUAAAUAGUAGCAAGUAUCCUAGCAGAAGUAAUCAUAUCAUGAGUUAUGGUAAAAGGCACAUAAAUCAUGAUUACGCAGAUGGUUUAUAUUGUAAAUACAUCAAUAGAGAUCGAAAAAAUAUUUCUAAUUCUAUAAAACAUAAUGGAGCUACACUUUCAUCCAAUAAACAGUCAAGUAAAAAAAAAAAUGUUGAAUAUGAUUGUAUUGGUUUUGUAUGUGAUGAGGAGUACAUGUGUGGCAAUCUCCAUUUUGAUGAAAAUCAUGUGGAAAGCCCAGACAGAAUAAAAUGUAUAAUAAAAGCAUUAAAGGAAAAAAAUGUAAUAAAUAAAAUGAUUCAAAUAAAAUGUAGGGAGGCUCUAUAUGAUGAAAUUAAAGAGUGUCAUACUAGUAGUCAUAUUAAUAAUAUUUUUUAUUCUUUAAAAAAAAAAUUAAAAUAUAAAAAGAAAAACGUCAUAUACCCUUUUGACAAACAUGACACAUAUUAUACAUCAUACACUGGAACAGUUUCUAAGAGAGCUGUUGGUGGACUUUUAAAUUUAUGUGAUGCUAUUUUAUCAAAUGAAAAUGAAAAAUUCAAAUAUAUUGAUUUUAAAAAAUCAUUUUUUUACAAUUAUAAUUUUUUUAAAAAUAUUUCACCUUAUAGUAUAAAUGGACACGUAUUAGGAAAGCUUAAUUAUAACACGUAUUUGAAGAGGUCCAAGUCUGAAAGCAAUUUGUACACAAGGGAGCAGGUCAAAUAUGACUCUUGUUUAGGCAAGUCUACCAACGAUUAUAAUAACGGUAGUGAUAAGAAUAAAUGGAAUGAUAAUACGAGCAGAUCUACAAAUCAGCAAGUGAAGAGAGGGAACAGGGUAGUUCAUACAUCCAACUACUCGUACAAAAAUAAUAUCAGCACAGUAGGAGACUGCGAUAAUAUUGAGUGCUCGAACUAUAGGGCUCUAAAUGAAGGUCAGAUUGAUAUUACCACGGAGCCAUAUGAUAAUCGUGUAGUGCAACUGUGCACAGAUAUGGAAUCGGAAAAGAAAGGUUCAAUGAAUUCUAUUCGGAAUGACAUAUUUAAUAAAGAGAAUAACUAUUCUAUUUGUAAAAAAACUUAUAGAAGUUAUUCUACAACCAUAUGCAAUAUAAAAGACUGUAAUAGUAAUAACGAUAGUAAUAAUUACCUUGAUGAUAAUAGUAGUAAUAAUAAGAAGAAUACACUUAUCUCAUUUGCUGAUAUCAAUUGUGGUUUCGCUGCAAUUAGACCACCAGGACAUCACUGUAGUAGAAAUAAUCCGUCCGGGUUUUGUAUUUUUAAUAAUAUAAGUGUUGCAUGCAAAUAUAUUUUUAAAAAAUAUGGAAUAAGGAAAAUUUUUAUAUUUGAUUGGGAUGUACAUCAUGAUAAUGGUACCCAGGAAAUAUUUUACAACGACAGAGACGUGUUAUGUUUUUCUAUACAUCGAUUUGACAAAAAAAAAAAAAAAAAAAAAAAAAAACAAGAAAAGAGAAAAAGUGAACGGAAGAAAAAAAAAAAGAGGAAGGGGGAUAAUAUCGAGAGUGUCAAAAAGGGUAAUUGCUUGGAUGAGGAGGGAGUAAAUACCAAAAGGGGAACUGAGAACGAUAACAUCAAAAUAAGCUGUAACGGAAAUAUCAAUGGCAAUGUUAGCGGUAAUAUCAAUGGCAAUGUUAGCGGUAAUAUCAAUGGCAAUGUUAGCGGUAAUAUUAGUGGAAAUGUUAGUGGCAAUGUUAGCGGCAAUGUUAGUGGCAAUGAUAUCGGUACCAUUAGCAAUGACGCUAUCGAUAAUGUCGGCGGUAAUAGUAGUAGCAACUUGCGAAAGAAGAAAAGAAAAAAGAAGCCGCAGCAAUUGUACGAAGAAAAUUUAUUUUACCCGCGCACGGGAGCAAAGAGUGAACUAGGAAGUGACAAGGGGUACAAGUUCAAUAUUAAUGUACCACUGGAAAAAGGGUAUAACAACUGCGAUGUUUAUUAUGUAUUUAAAUAUCUACUCUUACCAAUAUUGCAAAAUUUUAAACCAGAAUUUAUUUUCAUAUCUUGCGGAUUUGAUGCUUCUAUUAAUGACCCCUUAGGAGAGUGUAACCUAACUCAUAACUUGUACCAGUGGAUGACUUUGCAACUGAAAAAUUUUGCCAAUAUCUUUUGUAAGGGUAGAAUAAUACUAGUGUUAGAGGGGGGGUACAAUUUAAAUUACUUACCAAAAUGCACCUUAGCUUGCAUAAAAGCGUUAAUAAAAAAGAAUGUUAAUCGAAAGAGCGAAUAUAGUGAUAUAUGUAACUUACCGCGUAGAGGCGCAGAAAAUGAAAGUUCAAAUGUGAACACAAAUCCGAACGUGAAUGAAAAUUUGAGUAUUAACGCAAAUCCGAACGUGAAUGAAAAUUUGAGAAUUAACGCAAAUCCGAACUUGAAUGAAAAUUUGACUAUUAACGCAAAUCCGAACGUGAACACAAAUCAUAAAGGGGUCUCUGUGCAAGCGGAUAACAAUGGUUUGCGUGUGAGCGAUACGAAUGUUGAUACUGUAAAUGUUAUCGGAACUACAUAUGACAAUACCGCUAUUUACACGAAUCCGAUUGCUAAUAACAAAGUGCACAAUCUAAGAAGCAUUACUAAUGGUACUAACAAUAUAACUUCUAACGUGUCAUCCAAUAAAAUAACAUUAUCGAGCAACAGAAUGAAAAGAAGCGUUACCAUGUUUGAUGGUACUGUUAAUAAUAAUUAUCACAAGGAAAAGGAUCAUAAGAAUUUUUACAAAUUUAAAGAUUAUUCAGAAAGUAAUAAUAAAAGAUAUAAUAAAAAUUUAAGGUAUUAUUGUGAUAAUAUAUAUCCUAGUAGUACAAUAGGGAAAAAGAAAGAAUUAAUAAUAACAGGGAAAUUACAUUAUUCUACUUAUAAAGUGAUAAGAUAUUUUUUAUAUAUAUUAAGAGGAGAUCCCUUUCAUUUAAAUAUAAAACUACCUCCUUAUAAUACUUUUAUAAAAAAGAGAAAAUUAAAAAAUAGAGAUUUAAGUCUUGAACGUAAAAUUAAUAUAUACAAUUCUCCUUAUGAAAAUGUAAAUGAUGGUUCUGAAUUAAUGAAUAUGUAUGUUAAGGAAAAAAUAAGAGAAUUAAAUAGAAAUAAUGAAAGAUAUGAUAAACUAUAUUCCUUAUCAUCAACAACCAUUUCGAAUAUAUCACAGAGCGAUUUAUAUCUAUCCAAUGAUGAUAUGCAUUACACUUCUAGCUCUGGUAGUAGUAGAGACAUUAAGAAAAAAGUUUCUCUAUUGAACAAACUAAAAUUAAGAAUAAAUAAACAUAUGGAACAGGAUGCUUCUUCUUCAAGACCUCUUAUAGAUACAGAGAAAAAAAGGAAGAAGAAGCAAGACAAUAAACGUCAUGAUUCCUCUACAAGUAUUAAUAAAAAUGUAAAAGAAAGAAUCGAGUUUUGGGAUCUCACAAAAAUAGCCGAGGACGAGGAAAAAGGGAAGUAUAAUGAACGAAAUGAGCAAAAUGGACUAAAUGUACAAAGAGAAGACAAUGAACAAAAUGUUUUUAUUCUUAAAGAUAUUCGUGGAAAUGUCCCUAAUAAAGCUAACAGUCUGAACGGUCUAAAUAUCACUAACAAUCACAAACAGGUGAGGAAUCAUGGCUGUCUAAGUAGCUUCAAUAUAUCCAACAAUCGCGAUAAUAUUAGCAGUCUUCGCGGCUUGAGCAGCUCAUAUAUUUCAAAUAGUAGAGGAGACAGCAUGAUCAAUAAUAAAGGCUUGAGUAGCUCAAUUAUAUCCAACAGUAGGGGGCACAGUAUGAGUAAUAAUCACGGCUUAAGUAGCCCAAUUAUAUCCAAUAGUAGUGAGAAUUUGAGCAAUCAUAGAGGUAUAUAUAGCCGAAUUAAUUCCAACAAUCGGGACAAUAUGAGCAAUCGUCGUGUAUUAAUCCCAAUUAUAUCUAACAGUAGUGACAAUAUGAGGAAUCAACUUGACUUAAAACCAAAUAUUUCCAACACUGUGGACAAUAUGAGAAAUUGUCGAAGCCUAAAUAACUCAAUUAUUUCCUACAAUCGCCACAAUAUAAAUAAUCAACGUAUUUUAAGCCCAAUUAUUUCCAAUAACAGCAAAAAUGGAAGCAAUUGUAGGGGCAUAUGUAGCCCAAAUAUUUCCAGUAAUCAUGAAAAUAUAAGUAGCAAUCAUGAAAAUAUGAGGAGUAGUCGUGAAGAUAUGAGGAGUAGUCGUGAAAAUAUGAGGAGUAGUCGUGAAGAUAUGAGGAGUAGUCGUGAAAAUAUGAGUAGCCAUUGUAAUCUAAGCAUUCCCAAUACGUCCAACAGUAGAGAUAAUAUGAGCAGCGAUCAUCAUGUUCCAAAUAGUCGUAAUACCUCGAACAAGUCCGAGAUGAGUGAUUUGACAAAUAUAAAAUACAAUGAGGACCAGUUUCAAAACUCAUUUAUAAUGUACACUAAGAGGAAAAAAGGGUUUAUAUUUUUUUAUGGAAGUGGACAUAGGAAUCAAUGGAUAUUUCCUGUUCAUAAAAAAAUUACAAAAGUUAUAAAACUCUGUUCUGCAUUAGAAUCUUUUUUUUAUGCAUGGCUUUAUUUGUGUUGCCAGAAAAAAAUAUGCAUUGCCAGAGAAAUGGCAAAUUAUUCAUAUGUAAUAGAUGAUAAAGUGAAUGUUAAAUGUGUUACAAUAAAUAAGAAAUUUUCUGAACGAGAAGAGAAAUUAGGUAAAGAAUUUUUGAAAUUUACAAUUCCUUGUUAUCAUGCCUUUUUGAACGAAGACCAUUUGAAACAGUUGGGUAUCAUUGAAGGGGAAGGUAACGUAGAAACUGAUGAGCAAGAGGAGGUUAUCGAAUGUUUAAAUGGUAAUAAGACGCUACAAAAUAUGUGCGACGGAAACAAUGCAUACAUAAACGAGUGCAUAUUAGACAUAGUAAACAUGAAUGAGGGGAAUGGAAAAACGCAUCAAAAUGAUUACUUAUGUGAAGAAGGAAUGGACAAUCAGAUGCGCCAAUUGGGUGUACAGAAGGGAUUCCCAACACAUGCACAACAAUGUACACAAACAGAUAUACAAUCAUAUGUACAGGAACUUCCUGGAAAUACUAAUGCGAAUAUAAAUUUAGAACAGAACAUCAUAAUGCAAUAUUCAUGUGAAAAAGAUGGAAAUAAGAACCAUGAGUGCAGAAGCAACGUUAAUAACCAUGUACAGAAUAAAAUGGAAAGCAGAAGUGUUAGUCGAAGUAGUAGUAGUAACGGUGUGCCUAAUGACAACAAUAGUAUUCAGAGGAAAGGACCUUUUGGAAAAAAGAUUAAAAAUGAAAAUUUUGCUAUAGAUAACGAAGAAUAUGAUUUAAUGAAUAUGAAGGAUAGUAUAUUUCUAGAUUACAAAAAAAGUAGGAAAAACAAAGAAAAAGAAAAAAAAACAGCUAUUUGUUUAACAAAUGCAUUAAGUACUAUGAGUCAUCCAUGUGUUAUGGAUGUAAAGAUGGGAAUGAGAUUAUAUGGUGAUAAUUGUGAUGAAAAAUCAAUACAAAAAAAAAUUGAAAAAGCGAAGAGCAGAUCUUGUAUAUCACAUGGGUUUCACUUAACUAGUUUAAUAGGUUGGUGUAAAAAAAAACAACAACCAUUUUUUAUUUCAAAAGAAGAUGCUCAUUCAAUAAAAAAUGAUGAAGAAUUUGUAGAAGCUUUUAUGUCCUACUUUUUGGCAUGUGACAAUUCAUAUCUGUCUGUACUUUUAUUAAAAAAAGUACUCAUCAUAUUAGAACAUAUGAAAUAUUUUUUUGAAAACCAAAAUUAUUUUGCUUUUUAUGGGUCUAGCUUAUUAUUUGUUUUUGAUUCGGAUCCAUCGAAGAAUAAGUGCGACGAGGGGGUGUAUACCGGCCAAAUGAACAAACACAGGAAUGAUAAUACCAUAUAUAGGAAUGAUAACAAUAACAGUAUAAGUGAUAAUAGCAAUCAUAUGAGUGAUAAUUCAAAAGUUAUGCUUGUCGAUCAGGCAACUUGCCAAAAUGAAAAGAAAAAUCAACAUAAAUGUUGCAUUAAUGAAAAAAAGCAUCAACAAAAAUAUUCCAGUAAUGAAAAAAAGAAUUACGAAGAGAUAUUUAAUUUUAAGGAGAGCAUACAAAAACUAUUUGAAGACUCAUUAACUACACAAGAGAGAAGUACAUAUAUGAAAUCUAAGUUAAAUAUGAAAAUUCUGAAAAGUGCUAGUGUAUAUAUAAUUGAUUUUGCUCAUGCAAGCUUAAAUAAAAAUGGAAAUGAUGAAGGAUUCUUGUUAGGUAUUACAUCACUUAUUCGUGUUAUGAAAAAGACAAUAGAAAAAGUACAAACUGUCUAUUUGCAUGUUGGUAAGGAGGACAUAACUUACCCACAAUGUUAUAAGUUCUGA